ACUUGACUACAAAACCUUCAGAUCUCGCAACAGAAUCAAUGGUUUGAUCCUAUCUAGUUGCUUUGAUACGUUCUGCACUGGUGUGUGUAUAAGGUAGAGAAUGACAUGUUCAUUAACCAUCACACAUGGAAGCGGGUAGUCAAGCACUAACAGGAGGAAUAGCUGUGUUUCGUCUCCCCCACCUGGCAAGGAACUGAUGUGAAACAAGGCCGUGCAUAAACUGUGACUUCUUAAUUAAAGGCCCCAGACUCAGUGCAGUGAUGUCCCCAUUGUUGUGCUCAUAUUAGCAUCAGAACUGUAAAUGGAUCAAUGGUUGUUCAGAUGGGUAAAACCUCACAGCCUACUACACCCCCCCCCCCCCCCAAACAUGUCACUAGAUAAUUAUAUAGCAAGUUCAGUCAUGGUACAAAUGCAAAUCUGAGGAAAUUAUCUGCAGAGGAAAUACUUCCUCUUUAGGAACGUUUAUGGAUUUGACUCCCCUGAUAUAAGAUCCAAAAUAUAAAUGUCAAGUAAAGAGUAAGGUACCUGUUUUAAGGUUGUUUACCAGAAGGUUAGUUAUGUAAGUGUAUAUAGCUCCAGGGUGUAUUUUAGAUAUGCAUCCAAAGGUGCCUGCUAGCUACAACUUGUCCGAUUGCCAUGUUAGAUUUCAUAACAUUCACAGCCUGAGGGGCACCAUUUAGGUAGAUUUGCAUAUAACUUUGGAUCCUGUAAAAACUAGGCCCUGAAAGGUUAAAAUCGUCAAUUAAAUCCUUAGUAUAUCCAGUGACAUGCACUGUUUGGUAUUUUUCCAAUUCCGUCUCAAAGUGACAUAGCAAUAACACUGAUAAAGGCCUAACACUGACAUAUGAGAACGGGAGGAGUUUCUCUCUGUCUUUAGGGUGCCACGCAACUAGAAGAAGCUAGUAAAUCAGUGGCUUGUUCCUUUGCAUCUGACAGUCAUGGAAGCUGAACGAUACAGGUGAAUCACAGUAAAGGAACGAGGGAAGCGGGAAUGAGGAGAUUUUUCAGAGCGCAUAGCUACAGCGAUGAAGACAACAGUCAGAUCCAGUACCUGACUGCUAAGUGUAACCGCCUGACACAUGAAAAAGUAGUGCUGGAGAGGGAAUGCAUGGGGGCCAGGGAGAGAGAGAGGAGCCUGCAGAAUGAGCUGGAGGCUCUGUCCACACAGCUCUGCCAACAGGAGCAGGUCAACAUAGAUUUGAUGUUCAAACAUGAUCAAAUGCUCUGCAGGGUCCAUCAUGAACAGCAACGGGUGCAUCUUGUGGUGGAGGAGAGCUUCAGAGAUGCUGCACUGCUGGGCCUACAGCUGGAACAGGUCAACUCGGAGCUACUGCACCUGCAAAGUUCUGAGGUGCAGCUGGAAGGCCUGGUGGAAGAGCUGCACACGGAGGACCUGCAGAGAGCUGCAUUGACAGAGGACCUUCAGGUGCAGCUGCACAGUAAGGUAUUGGAGUUGGAAGAGCUUCAUUGCGGCUACGCUGCCAACACCCAGGAGAUGGAGGAGCUGCGUAGCGCCAACCAGAGGAAGGUGCAGGGACUGCAGCGGGAGAACGAGUGCAGCCUGAAGAAGCUCCAGGAGACGGCCGAGCAGUUUGAGUGGCUGUGUGAACAGCAGCGCUACUGGAUGUGCUGCGUCAAGAGAUUCAAAGACUGCCUGUCAGAGGAGAAGGACUCUCUGGUGCAGCAGGUGAAACGGUUGGAGAAGGAGGUAGCAGAGCUGAGGAAGAGCUCAGAGAGCACCACCCAGAUGCUGUGCUGCCCCCUAGAGGACACAGUCAGCCAGCACUGUGACAGAAUGCCCUCUUGGGAAUCCGGUAAGAUGGCUGACCUGCAAACCCAGGUGGACAAAUGGAGAAAGCUGUAUGAGGACCUCUUCAGCCAGUUCACACCCCACCAAGGGGGGCACGUUGUCGACGGAUACCAAAAACCUCCUUGAGGUCAGAAGACCAUGAAAUCCAUCUAUUUUUCUUCAACCCAGUGGAGGCACUCCUAACUUUUGGCUGUUUGUCUCGCUACUCAACUGUUGCUGAGAACCAUACAACCUCACCGUUCUAUUGUUGUCAUUGUUUAAAUGUCUUGAAACCACUGCAUGACCAUGACUGUACUGGAGUGUGAUAUGCCACUUUGUUACAGUCUAUUGUCUAUAUUUUGGUAUGAGUAUUAGUGUUCUCCUAUUUGGACACUUUCCUGUCAUUGUCUAUUUUCAGACACACUGGUGGAACAUAGUAAAUCAACAAGUAAAAACA